CACGCCCUAGAUCGGGGAGUGCUCUGAGCAGCCCUUGGUCGGAGGGAGAGGAACUUCAGGGCAGGCCUGAGCCCCAGGGGAAAGCUCAGAAACUGGAGGGUGGAGGCUCUGGACUCACUGACGCCCUCCUGGGUGCAUCCCAGGCAUCCAGAGAGGGGCCCUUCCCGCCCCGCCUCAGCCUGGAAUCCCGCCCAGCCUGCUCCUCCAUUCCUGGGCGUCUGAGGCUUCGAGGAAUGAAGCACGAGUGCCUGACUGGCCACGACAGUGGAGCCGGAAAGGAGGGCGCCAGCCUUAGAGGUUACACGUCAGCGUGGCCUUCCAAGCGUGCUUGACUGGUUACUUUGAUGGACUCCUGUGUCACUGGGCUGGCCGCUCCCCUAUAAAGCCUGUUGGGGUUCCGGGCACCCAGGCUCAGCCCACCCCUGACAUUGGAGCCAGGAGACAGCCAUGAUGCUCGACUGGAAGCUGCUGGGGACGCUGCUGCUGUGCCUGUGCCUGGGAGGCAUCUCAGGCAGUGGAGACCACCCCUCCCCCCCACCCACAGAGGCUGGACAGGAGGAGGGCUCCCCAACAUUGCCUCAGGGUGCCCCCAUCCCCGGGGACCCCUGGCCAGGGGCACCCCCUAUCUUUGAGGACCCUCCACCUCCAGGCCCCAGUCAUCCCUUGAGAGACCCGCCUGAAUCUGGAGUCUGGCCGCCCAAGCCUCCUAGAACGGACCCCCCUAAACCGCCCCUGCCUGACGACCCCUGGCCAGCAGGCCCCCAGCCACCUGAAAACCCCUGGCCUCCUGCCCCUGAGACAGACGGACCACGGGCCCCAGGGGGAGCCAGGCCUUGACCCUCCCCGGGACGAGUACUGAUAGCCGGACCUCCCAGAGCGCCCAAGGCGCCUCUACCUCCUGCUUCCCCUGAAUUAGCCUAACCCUUCUUCCUCCUCCCUCCCUCAGUUGUAGCUCAGGCAUGAAGGUGCCCUCAGCACUUCCUUCCGCUCCUGAGAGCCAUAUUUAGCGCCCACAUCCCCCCUCUGUUUUCUCUGACACACCCUUCUUCAGUCCAGUCCUCUUAUACUUACUCCCUUUCUCCGCUUCCUGGGUCCCCUCACUGCUCUGUGCUCUCUGCUGCCACCUGGUGGCUUACACUAGAAACUCAGGCAAUGGUGGUGCUUCCGUGAAAUGGAAAAAUAAAAAGCAUGUUUCCUUAA